UUUCAAGAAGCUGUGAUGGUGAAUCAAGUAAUCAUGAAUCUAGAGGUUUUGGUAGAAGCCGUGGUGAUGAACCAAGUAACCGUGAAUUUAGAGGUCAUGGUAGAAGUCGUGGUAGAGACCAUGGUGAUGAACUAA